AUGCUGCAGCAGUUGCAGCAGCAGCAGCAGCAGCGGCAGCAGUUGCAACAGCAGCAGCAGCAGCAGCAGCAGCAGCAGUUGCUGCUGCAGUUGCUGCAGCAACGGCUGCAGCAACUGCAGCAGUUGCAGCAGCAGCAGCAGCAGCAGCAGCAGUUGCUGCAGCAGCAGCAGCAGCAGCAGCAGCAGCAGCAGUUGCUGCUGCAGUUGCUGCAGCAACUGCUGCAGCAACUGCAGGUGUGA